AUGGAGGCCCCGCAAUCCAGCAUGCCGAGCGUCCAGGGCACCAUGGGCGCCGUCAAAAAAACCCCAGUCGUCUACGAGGCGCACGAGGUCGACACUUUCCAACACCCAUCCAAGCCCCACCUAACCAACCUCGACGAGUACCAGAAACUUUACAAGGAAUCCAUCACCGAGCCGGACAAGUUCUGGGGCCGACACGCUCGUGAGCUCCUCUCGUGGACGCGCGACUUUGAGACGGUCUCGAGCGGAUCUCUCCAACAUGGCGACGUCAAGUGGUUCACCGAGGGCCAGCUCAACGCCUCGUACAACUGCGUCGACCGCUGGGCCUUCAAGGACCCCGAGCGCGUCGCCAUCAUCUACGAGGCCGACGAGGUCGGCGCCGGCCGCAACGUCACCUACGGCGAGCUCCUCCGCCAAGUCUCCAAGACGGCCUGGGCGCUGAAGCAGAUGGGCGUCCGCAAAGGAGACAGCGUCGCCAUCUACCUUCCCAUGAUCCCCGAGGCCACCGUCGCCAUCCUCGCCUGCACCCGCAUCGGCGCCGUCCACUCGGUCGUCUUCGCCGGCUUCUCGGCCGACUCGCUGCGCGACCGCGUCCUCGACGCCGACUCCAAGGUGGUCAUCACCACGGACGAGGGCAAGCGCGGCGGCAAGCUCAUCGGCACCAAGAAGAUUGUCGACGACGCCCUCAAGCAGUGCCCGGGCGUCUCCAACGUGCUCGUCUACCGGCGCACCGGCGCCGACGUGCCCAUGAAGGCCGGCCGCGACGUCUGGUGGCACGAGGAGGUGGAGAAGUGGCCGAGCUACAUCGCGCCCGAGGUGAUGAACGCCGAGGACCCCCUGUUCCUCCUCUACACGUCGGGCUCGACAGGCAAGCCCAAGGGCGUCAUGCACACGACGGGCGGCUACCUCAUCGGCUGCGCCAUGACGGGCAAGUACGUCUUCGACAUCCACGACGGCGACCGCUUCUUCUGCGGCGGCGACGUCGGCUGGAUCACGGGCCACUCGUACGUCGUCUACGCCCCGCUCCUGCUCGGCGUCUCCACCGUCGUCUUCGAGGGGACGCCGGCCUACCCCAACUUCUCCCGCUACUGGGACAUAAUCGAGAAGCAAAAGGUCACGCACUUUUACGUGGCCCCGACGGCCCUUCGCCUGCUCAAGCGCGCCGGCGACGAACACGUCAACUGCGACAUGAGGCACCUGCGCGUCCUCGGUUCCGUCGGCGAGCCCAUCGCCGCCGAGGUGUGGAAGUGGUACUUUGAGGUGGUCGGCAACGAGGAGGCACACAUUGUCGACACGUACUGGCAGACGGAGACGGGCUCGCACACGAUCACGCCGCUGGCCGGCAUUACGCCGACGAAGCCCGGCUCGGCGUCGCUGCCCUUCUUCGGCAUCGAGCCCGCCAUCAUCGACCCCGUCUCGGGCGACGAGAUCCACGGCAACGACGUCGAGGGCGUCCUCGCCUUCAAGCAGCCUUGGCCCAGCAUGGCCCGCACCGUGUACGGCGCGCACAAGCGGUACAUGGACACGUACCUGAACGUGUACAAGGGAUACUACUUCACGGGUGACGGUGCCGGUCGCGACCACGAGGGCUUCUACUGGAUCCGGGGCCGCGUCGACGACGUCGUCAACGUCAGCGGCCACCGCCUCUCGACGGCCGAGAUCGAGGCGGCCCUGAUCGAGCACCACGCUGUCGCCGAGGCGGCCGUCGUGGGCGUCUCGGACGAGCUCACGGGCCAGGCGGUCAACGCCUUCGUCGCGGUCAAGGACGGCAACGAAAUCAACGACGCGCUCCGCAAGGAGUUCAUCAUGCAGGUGCGGAAGAGCAUCGGACCCUUCGCCGCGCCCAAGGCCAUCCACGUGGUGCCGGAUCUGCCCAAGACGCGAAGCGGCAAGAUCAUGCGCCGCAUCCUGCGCAAGAUCUUGGCGGGCGAGGAGGACCAGCUCGGCGACAUCACGACGCUCUCGGACCCGACCAUUGUCGAGAAGAUCAUCAAGACGGUACACGACGGGAGGCAAAAAUGA